UCGUAGAAGUAGAAGAAGUGAACGAAGAUGAUAUAGCUCUCAUCAGACGGCUCUGGCUGCAACAAGUUAAAACUGUGCGUUACAAGCGAAUUAAUAUGAGACACGAUAACAGCUAAACAACAAAAGAGUAUUUUAAGACUCGGGAGUCCGUUAGGUCUCAGCUUUAGCUCAGUCAACGACCAUGGAUUAGCUAACUAGCGAGCUAACGUCACCUGGAGUGUUUUGUUUUUAACGCUUCCGCCGUCUAAACGUGCAUGACUUGAAAGAGUUCUGUCCUUCCCACAGGGACAGUAAAAAGUGCGACCUUUAGCAUGGACAAUAGCGCCAUUUAUGUCCGAGAAAGAGGCAGCCUUCGCCGCGUCGGUGACAUCGUCCUGGCGCAGCCGAAGCCAGUGUCGUCGUGCAGAAGGACAAACCCGUUUGUGCUGAGGAAAGAGCACUUCAUAUUCACCUACAACGCAGCGGGCAGUCUGAGAUACACCACCAAGUCUCUCUUUGACAUCGCCCUGUUGUUCGUGGCGGACAACAUCCACCACGUGGACUCUCUGGUGGGCUUCCCCGAGCAGAUAGGGGACAGGCUUUUCUCAGCAGCAGAGGAGAACCGUGUGUUUUUAAACGCAGACGUUUCUCCAAAAGCCCUGCAGCUGUUCGGUGACGCAUAUGGGGAGAUGGUGCUUGGGUCCCUCUGUCUCAGAAAUAGAUUUCCACUCUUGCAUGAGAGGAUGGGUGAAAUAAAAACAUUUCACAGUUUGAAGUCUUUAGACCUGUUUGGCUGCAGACUGGGUGACGAUCACGAGAUAUUCCAUCACCUAACAUCCAGCUCAUUGGCCAGCAACCUAAUCCAGCUUUUCAUUGGUGGUAACGGUCUGUCGGAUGUCGGCCUGCAAAGAUUGACCGCACCUAUCCGGAUGCUGAGGAAGGGACUGCACUGUCUUCAGCUACUUGAUGUUUCCUACAACCCUAUCUCAGUGAAGGCUCUGAGAUACCUCACAUGCCUCCCAAAACUUGAAAAUCUUGACGCAUCUGGGACCAGUUUGAAGCUUGGCGCUGGACUGAAGACAACCAUGUGGGACCUGUUGGGGCUCAUUCAUUCCGAGAAACCGCUGGACACCUUUGAUCACUCGAGAUGUAAAACAGAAGGUUGGGCAGAGCAGGUUGUAAACCAGUGGGAAACAAAUAGCUCACAAAUGCCAAAGCAGAAGAAAAUUGAUGAAUCCAGAACAUCAGCACUUCGCUUUUUUGGCAGGCAGAAGUUUGUCAGAGAAGUACUGAAUGCUGCACCUUUGGUAUGUGAGAGCGAGAAGGAGGCCGAGAGGGAGAGACUGCAUUUCUUCAGACCUGCAGCAAACAGUCACGUACCAGUGAAACAGAAUCCUCCCGCCAGAAGUCACGAAGGGAAGCCUUCCUGGGACAAUAUCAAAAAAAGGCAGCGUCAGUCAGGAAAGCCGGACAGUUCCCAUCGAAGUCCUCCACCAAAACGUUUGUCUUCAUCAGCUCUGUCUGCGGAGGACAUGGACUUGUUGAACAGCUACUGAGGUAUGCCACCAUGCAGCAUGCCGCGGAGAGCGGCUCGAGCAUGUCGGCUAACCGGUAACAUUUAGGCUCAAAUUAACAAUUAUUUUUCCCGAGAUGAUUCACGCUGGUGAACUGUAAACACCUUUUCUUGGAUACAGGUGGCGUGAAUUUUUAUAAAUAAAGUUGAGUAUUAUUUAUAGUCCACUUCCUUGCUUGACGUUUUGUUGUUUGGAGACACAGUCUAGCUGAUUUUUAGUUGAGAAUUUUAUAUGGAAUAGGCUGAACUGAGGCUCAAUGCCAACAACAUGGUAAUCUAAAGGUGGUUGCCUUAUUACCUAAUCUUUAUAGAGAGACCCUGUGCAAGGUUUAUGUUCAUUUGUUGUUCUUUUGUUGCAUAUUUCUGAAGGACUGUUAAUAGUGUAGUGCGCGGUGCCCCCGCACGCUUUCUUAAUUUUGAAUUUU